AUGCUGCGUCUAUCAUAUUGGGUCUUCCCCAUCAUUUCCGGCCUCGUCUGGCUGGGCACCCUUCUGGGCCUGCUUCUUCACUGGGUCAUCGACACGCACUAUAGAAUCUACCCGUCCAUGUCUGGCAACCAGACAAUCGCCUACAUCUCGGACGUCGGCGCCCAGGAGCUCAAGCCCCUCUUCAUCACCGGCAGCGUCAUCACCACCAUCUUCUUCGACAUUUCCUUCCUGAGCGACCGCUGGCUGCGACACAAUGGCCGCCUCGUCCCCAACACAACCAUCGGCGAGAAGGUCCUCUCAGGCCUGACCAUCUUCUGCGCCCUAAUCGGCACAGUCGGCCUGAUCCUGCUCAGUAUCUUCGACACCGCGCGCCAUCCCCGCCUGCACGACCUCUUCCUCGGCUUCUUCAUCGUCGGCUACCUGGCGUCGGCCAUCUUCAUCUGCUGGGAGUACCAGCGACUCGGUAUCCGCCACCGCGAGCACCGCGUCCUGCGCAUCUCCUUUUGGAUCAAGCUGGCCUUUGUGCUCAUCACCAUCUGCCUGGCCGUCCCCUUUGUCGUUCUGACCUCCAUGAAGAACUACAACCCCGCCGCCAUCCUCGAGUGGGUCAUCGCCGUCGUCUUCAGCUUCUACGUCUUCUCCUUCUACGUAGACCUGUACCCGGCCGUCUACACGAAGAACGGUGGGAACUACCGCACCAAGACCUGGGACGGCCGCCAGCGCAAGCCCGAGGUUCACAAGAUGGAGGAAGGGUCAAGUACCAGGAGUCACUUCCACGGCGACGGCGGCGUGCCCAACAACUUCUAA